AUGAACUGGACAAUGCCGCAUUUAGUCCGUGUAUCGCAGACUUUUACUUCGUUCCUCACACCUCAAAAGCCAGCUCUCCAGCAGCGAUACCCCACACCCCAUCCACCGUACGUUCUCAAGCAGCGCUUGAAUGAAGAACCUUUAGCUCCGCCCACGAAAUCCAAGGACUGGUUAGGUGCUUCUGGGGAUGAGGAAGACUCGGAAGAUCUAGAAGGAGACACUCUAUUCGAAGAAAUCCAGAAACCUGAAAAGCGCUCUGCGCCGUCAGAUUAUCUCGAACAGAGACCAGCCAAAAGGCUUAAAUCAAAUGAUGAAUAUCGUCCUAAAAAGAAUGACGAGCGCGGUGACUUCGAAGGCGAAACGCUUCUUGCAUCCACGCCCCAUCCGGAAGACCAUGCGCCAGCAAAUAAGAAGGAGCAGGAAGAUCGACAGGCUAUGCCACCACCACCUAAACCUCAUAUCAGUCUCGAUGAUAAGCCCUAUAUUCCGGAGAGAGACUUGAUCGACCGAAACCUUCAAAACAACAUUAUUCGCAGCCCAUCCAUGUCUCACGAUUCUGAUUUCUCAGAAGACGAAAUAUUUACCAAGAAGACAGCUGUUCGGAGGGAAGAUCGAUCGGAAGUGAACCCUCAGCUGGAGUAUGACCGUGCGAAACGCUUUGCUGAAGCCCAGCAGCUGCCAGAAGAUGGUUCCACCUGGACUGAGGCAGAAAAGGACCUAUAUUUCCGUCUUGCCAUGCGUGGGUUCGAAGCGCUUAUUCCCGAACACUGGGCCAUGGAUUUUAAAACACUACCGCAGCUUCUGUUUUCGACCGGGGGGCGAGAACCGCUUAUUGUGCCCUUUGACAAACGAGAAUUCCGAGCGAAACAUUACCUAAGGACACUGUUUGGAAUUGCUGCAAAUGUAAGAGAUAAGCGUCUGGUGGGCCUUCGAGCCGAACCCACUAUCAAGCGUACAGUGCGCCAGUUCAUCUCCUGGGCACUCUUUGAUGCUGGCGUGCAUCCGCUGCAGCGGCCGAGAGCUAUUCCGGUCCAUGCGCUUGUGUCUAUGAGACCGAGUGAGACGACACAUGAUGUGUUCAAGCGAAUGUCGAGGAGGCUCUUCAAAUUAGCCCGGCGAUAUCAAGACGCCCAUCGUGUCCGCCAAAGCAUCGAACCUCCUUCUCAACACCAUGCACCUCUUCCUAUGCCAGCAGAAAGCUUCGAAUAUCGACCUGGCGUAUCAGGAUCCGGCUACGACGACGCAAACAUGCCUACACUCAUCGGCUUGAUGAUUGCCUCCUCCGUAGUCGCAGUCGUGACCCUCGACUCACGCUCCACCACGCUCGAAUCGCACUUCGAACAAGAGGCUGCAAGACGACACUCAUCUACCUCUAUCGCCUCUUCAAACCACGAAGAACGCUCGUCCCCGAAAGACGAGUCCCCACUCCGCUACAUUGCCAAAUUCGACUUCAGCACUCAUGAUGGCUACGAUGUUUGGGACGGCUUUGCGAUGGCAAUCUGUGUCAUGAGAAUCAGGAAGACCAUGCUAGAACUAUGUGAGAGGGCUGAGAGCGAGGGACAAGCUGGUAGAGGGUGUCUAUGGGAGAGGGUUCUGCCAGCAAAAUUAAAGGAAAUGGGGGACGAGGGUGACGGGUGA